AUGGCAGCGAUAACGGCAAUGUUGACAAUAGAGCAAGUGUUCACAGUGAAGAAAGAUGACGAUCGUGAUAGCAUCGCUGAACUAGUAAAUGAUGCUGAGAACAUCAAUCCCUCUUCACCACCUAGUCAGAGUGGAGAACAAGCAGCUGAUAUUACACAUAAUGAAAGAAGUAAUAAGACUCCUUCUAGUGAUAUGCGGCAAAAUAAGGAGGCUCUUGUGGAAGUAGUUGUAAAGAGUUCUAUCAAAAGGAAACGAGUGCUAGCCAGUUCUGAUGAAGAAGACAAUGCGCCAGAAUACGAAGCAAAGGAAAGAAUACCUACACCAGAGCUUGAUCUGCCCGAUUCGCCUGUAUCUCUAAAGAAGAAGAAACAUCGGGUUAUUGUUAGCGAUUCAGACGAAGAUUGA